AUGUACGAUGAACUGGUGAGCCGGCUCACCCCCAGACUAACCAGGCAGAGGACCAACUUCAGACCCAACCUGGAGCCCGGUCUCAAGGUGGCAGCAACCCUGCGCCACCUGGCCUCAGGUACAAGGUACAGGGACAUGCAGUACGCCUGGAGGGUGCCACACAACACACUCAGCAAGGUGGUCAGGGAGGUAUGUGAGGCCAUAGUGGGGGAGUACCUGGACGAGCUGAUGACGGGCCCCAUCGCUGAAGCAGGAUGUCAGCACAUUGCUGAUGAGUGGCUGCAGCGGUGGAAUUUCACACACACCGUCGGUGCCACUGAUGGAAAACAUGUGGCAUGCAAAGCACCCCCCAACACAGGCUCCAAGUACUACAAUUACAAGGGCUUCUUCAGCAUCAUACUGCUUGGCCUGGUCAGCUCAGGCUACAGGUUCCUCUGGGCGGACGGGUCAGGUAAUGGCGCUGCAUUGGAUGCCCAGAUAUACAACCACAGUGAGCUGAGACAAAGUUUAGACGACGGCAACAUCAGUGGUUGGCCAUGUCCAGACCCCCUGCCCAUUGACACACAGGACAUGCCCAACUUCAUUGUGGGUGAUGCCUUCUCCCUGAGGACAUACCUGAUGAAUCCAUACAGUGCCAGGGACCUGAGCAGGGAGGAGCGCAUCUUCAAUUACAGGUUGUCAAGGGCACGAAGGGUGGUCGAGAAUGCGUUUGGGAUCAUGACCAAAAGAUUUCAGCAGCACCAUGUGGACACAGUCAGGCUCAUUGUGAGGACAUGCAUCCUGCUCAUGCGCACUGCUACCCAGUCCUGCAGAACAGGUUGUUGGAUCAUCAGCUGCAAGAUGGGCGGAUGGAGCCAGGGGGUGGAGGAGGGGCCAGAACCUUGCUGA